AAAAAAAAAAAUCAUUUACAUUUAGUUUUUUUGUUAAUUAAAAAUUCACCCUAAGCAGUUUGUGUUCUUCAUCUCGGGCAUGUGUACGUUGAAAUUAUAGAUGAGCAAUGUCGAAUUUAUCAUCAUUUUCAGUGCCCCUUCAUCAUCCUCACACUCAAUUUUUCAGGUUCGAGCUGUGUUUAUGGUUUGUUUGUGCCUCAUAUAUUUAUAUUAAUAUCAUCAAGAACAGCAUCAGUGAAGUGUACGAGAUGCUGGAUGGAUCGAAAGACGUGUGUAAUAUCUGGCAAAUGAAUUCGACGUCAAUAAAUUUAAAAAUGUACAGAAAAAGGAGGCGAGGAAGUAAGUGAGUGGAAAAGAAAUGGAAUCGAGAGGGGUGAAAAUAUUGAGGAUUGGGAAGGAGUUUAUGGAGUGGGGUUGGGUUGUUCAGUGAAAGUUCUUUGAUGAAUUUUAUUUCGUUUAAUUUGCAUAUGGAGAGGUUCCUUUUAUGGAUUGGUGAGGAUAAGUUGCUUGGAUAUCGAGUCAAGAAUUAUAGAUUUUAGGUUAUGUGACUGAAUAAUCUUGUCAUAGAGGUUGAAAAUGGUGUGGAUUGUGCGACUUUGGUGUCUUUGUGUCAAUAGUGGUGUGGAUUGUGCGACUUUGGUUUCUUUGUGUCAAAAGUGGUGUAGAUUGUGCGACUUUAGUGUCUUUGCAUCAAAAGUGGUGUAGAUUGUGCGACUUUGGUGUCGUUGCGUCAAAAGUGGAGUAUAUUGUGCGACUUUGGUGUCAAAAGUGGUGUACAUUAUGCGACUUUGGUGUAGAUUGUGCGACUUUAGUGUCUUUGCAUCAAAAGUGGUGUAGAUUGUGCGACUUUAGUGUCUUUGCAUCAAUAGUGGUGUUGAUUGUGCGACUUUGGGUAUUUAUCUUUAAGUUUACCAACAUUCUAUGGACUGCACGCCCAUCCCCCAAUAAAUAUUAAUGUAUAAUUCUCAAUCACCCCAACCCAACCCUCAAACUUCUCAACUUAUACAGCAUAAAAAUGUUUAUCUUCCAUUCACUUCCUCUAUAUCUUGUUAUCUGGCAUCAAUUUUAACAUAGAAAGCAUUAAAAAACAUUGAAAAUGAAGUUGGGGAAAUGCCGUCGAUGCGAGUUUUUAAAUUUGAAUUUAUGGCUAAAAUGAUUUUUCAUCUUUUUAACAAAUAAUGAGCAAGAAGAACGGCAACAAAGGCAGCAGAAGCGGAGUUGAAUUUGAGAAUAAUAAAUCGCAUCAAUAACAUACAGCAUAGCAAUAACUGGCAUAAAUGAAUGAGAAUUAAUGUCGAGAGAUACUUUACAUUAGUGAAAAAUGCAGCAACAGAGGAACUGGCAACAGUAAAAGUGGAAGCAAUCCCAUGUGAUGGAUAAUUCAUUCAUUAAAGUCGAGCUUUCUGCUUUUGUUUUUUGAAUUGGAAUUGAUUUUUUUGGGGGGUUUGGGAUUUGAAAUUUUUUGAAGUUAUUGAGCUCAAUUGAGGCUUGUAUAUGACUCCUGGUCAUGUCAUACGUACAAUUAAGACCACACAAGUCCAAUAAAUCACAUAAAACUCAACAAGUGACCGCCUCAACCCCUGCAAGACUCUUUCAAAAACACAAAAAAAAUAAACAAAUUAAAAAAAAUUUAAAGUCCAUUAAAAAGUCAAUUGAGGGUCACUUCCAUUCACAAAUUAGAGAUUAUUAGCAGCAAGUCAUCAAACCCAAAAAGAUCAAAUCACAGUUAAUUGUUAUAGCUUCACACAUCCUUUAUACUCG